AUGGGUGUGCCAUUUGAGGCGUUCCUUCCAUAUGGAAUCAUCGUUGGCAUGUACAUCGUGACCGGUGUCGGCCUGACUGCUACAAAAUACUACAGCAACGAGCACAAGAAAGCCAGGUGGAACAGAGAUGUUUGGGACAAAGUAGUGAUGGACAGAGAUUUACGGCUCACCGGAAGCUGGAGAGGCCAGUCCACGAAUGCAGAGGCCCCAGCUGGCUUCGAGUAUAGCAACCCAUGGAAGCUUGAGAAGAGAACUCACUAG